GACAUGGCCAGCCUCGCACUCACGCACCUCGAAGAAGGCUCUGCCGGCUUGGCCCCCACCUUCACCAGCGAGAUCAUCCCUCACAUGGUCCAUUCGGGCCCACUAUGCGAAGCAUUUUUACGUGCGAGCCCGCCUUUAUCGAUUUAUGUUUCACUUCCUGGAAUGCGCCGUGAUGGUGUUCUACAAGGAGGCCACUUUGCUCCCUUCAUGCGCCUUCUCGCUGAUGACCGCACGACGGUCAUCCGUUUCCUUUUGCACGUGCAGAUUCACUCUUGGCCUUCGUCCGGCACUCUAUAACUUUGCUGCAACAUGCUGCGGGUCAUGAAGACAUCAGAGUACAGCCAAAGGACACCCAGCUUGGUCGCUGAUCUACUCUAUGAGGCUGGUUGCCGGCCGGCGUGCCCAAUGUCCUUCACAUUGACCGCAAAGACGCUGCAGAGGUGUUUAAGCGACUCAUUUACCACACGGAUGUCAACUUUUUCAACUUUGCAGGCUCGAAGCGCGUCGCAAAAAUUCUUGCUGCCACUUGCGGCAAGGACCCAGGCCUCCGAUCAUGGCGCUAGGAGGCCAAGAGCCCCCCCCCCCCCGUGGGCCUCUACUCUAGCUCCGACGACCAUACUCAAAGACAUGAACUUGGACGUGGUGGCAAACCAUCUACUCAUGGCCGUCUACCUGCACACAGGCUAUAUCUGCAGAUUGAUCACCAAUAUUGUCGCACACAAGUUGAUUGCGUCUGAGUUGACGGCCAAAGUCAAAGCUCAAUUCAGGCAAGACAAGAGUGUUGCUGAUCGCUCUCAGUCCAGCAGAAUCUGUUCGUUCUUUGCACCUAUUUCGGGAGAGCGCGUACAGGGCCUUUACGACGAUACUACUGCCAAUGAAGUUGAAGUGGCCGUGGGCACGCCGGGCUUUGACGGCGCGCUUGUGCAGUCGUUUCGCCUCACAUGUGUCAAGGCGGAUGUGGACAUCAUGAACAACAAGACGUUCGGCCCCUUGCACAGCUUAGUUGAGUUUGACGAUCCGCAGGAGGUCGUUAAGCUUGUCAACUCAAACCCGCAGGCCGCGUUGAGCGCCAGUGUCCACGGGCAGAACAAGUCAGACUGCCGACUCGUCGCUCGGGAGAUGAGUAGUGGCGCUGUGCACGGGAGUCCCGCAAACAAUUGCCUUCCUCUACUACUACUGUCAUCCCCCUUUUACUGAUCCCGGGAAUUUGAAUACCCCCGAUUCGAUGUAACAUAGACCAUGGACCCUUUGUUGCACGACCACAACUGGGCCGCAAGGUGGCUAAAAGCCUUAUGGCUAUAGCCCAUUUGAUGGUCAAGA